AUGCCCCCGAAGCAUUAUCGCCAGUUCCUGGACUACCACGACAAUGAGUACGGCCCCCAGCGGUGGCGCACGCGCCUGCUGCCCGCGCUGAAGCGCACCCCCGAGCAUGUGGCCAUGGUCAACUGGCAUGCGGACCCGGCGGCCGUGUGCGCGGCCCUGCGCCGGUCGCCGGAGUCCUACGCCGACGCCGAGGACCCGGAGAAGCUGCUUUUCGUCCAGUCGCCCUACAUUGGCAGUCUCUGUGCCCUGGUGCCGGCAUCGGGGAGCGCGCCCGGCGCCGGUGGCGACCCCUUCCCCCCGCCCAUGGCCGACCGGGCCGGGCAGGCAACCUACUACAUCCUGAAUGUGGCGUCGCUACUUUGCAUCGAUGCUCUGGACAUCCGGCCCGGGCAGAAGGUGUUGGACUUGUGCGCCGCGCCGGGUGGCAAGUCGGUGGCCAUCGCCCAGCGCCUUUGGCGGUCGCAUCAUGCCGGGGAGGCCGGGGCCGGGCCCGAGGCCGGGCCCGGGCCCGCUGGGCCUGUGUGCUUCGAUCUCGGGGCCGAGGCGCGCGACGCGAUCGACGCCGAUGCCGAUGGGCUGCUAGUGCUGAAUGAGCCGGCGGCGCCGCGGCGCGCGCGCCUCGAGCGCACGGUCGAGGCCUUCAUGCCGCGGCAGUACCGGGCUUCGGUGCGGGUGCUGUCGCUGAAUGCCACCCGGACGGAGUCCCUGCCGCCGGCGCACCAUGGCCUGUAUGACCGGGUGCUGGUGGAUGCCCCCUGCUCGACGGAUCGCCAUGUGGCUCGGGCCCCGGACACCGCCUCGCCGGCGGUCAGUAACUCGGCCGCCGGGCCCUGGUCCCCCAGUGGCAUGGCGCAAACCGCCGGCCGGCAGCUGUCUCUGGUGCUGGCGGCCAUCGCCGCGGCCCGGGCCCCGGAGGAUGGGCUUCCCGGCGGACGGGUGGUCUACUCCACCUGCGCCCUCAGUGUGCGCGAGAAUGACUGGGUUGUGGCACAGGCCCUGCAGCAGAGUCGGUCUCGGCACCCGGUGCGCCCGGUCGACCCGCGGACCUUCGGCUUCCGCAUUGGCCGGCCGACGCGCUUUGGCUGGCUCAUCCUGCCGGAUCAGCCCGCCACCGCCUGGCAGCCGGGCCAGCCGGGCGAGCGCGGUGCCACCGAGGGCCAUGUCUCUGGCGAUGGCCUGCCUCCCGGCAUGGCUCCCAACGCCCCGGGCCACAACCAGGGCCCCAUCUUCAUUGCAGUGCUCGAGCGAAUCCCCUCGCCCGGCGGUGCGGCCUCCUCCAAGCCCUCGGGUCUUGUGGCCGAUGAGGGUGACAGUGACAGCGAUUGA